GGUCACAGAUGCUGCAGCACAUCCAACACCACUCAAGAUCGGCCCGUGUGUUGAUCGCAGGGGGUGGCCCUGUCGGGCUCACACUUGGCAUUCUCCUGCAGCAUGUGUACAACGUGCCGGUGGACAUUGUAGAGCGGCAGUUGCAGCCAACGCAACAUCCACAGGCGCAUUUCAUGAACCUCCGCACCAUGGAAAUCCUGCGCACCCACAUGCCAGUUCUGCACGACCGUAUUCUCGACAUUGCAGCUCCGCCGCAGCAAUGGCGGGAUUACGUGUACUGUUCGCGCAUCAUUGGUGGCGAGCUGGCACGGAUCGAUCAGUUCGGACCAGACAUUGCGCACCGCGCCGACUCGUUGCCAGGCUAUCGCAACGAAUUGUUGCACGGCCUUCGCAACUUGUCGCCAACGCAACCCGUCCACUUUCCCCAAAACAAGUUCGAAACACUCUUGAACGAAUACGCCGCCGAGUGUGGCAUCCACGUUCAUCGAGGAGUUGAGCUGACCGACCUGCGCAUGUUGUCGAAGCAGUCUUCGUGUGGCCUUAGCCGCGUCGAUGUUAGUUUGCGCAACGAGACCAAGCAAUACGACUAUGUCGUCGGUGCAGACGGAGCCCACAGCAAAGUGCGAUCACUGCUGCAUAUUCCCAUGGAAGGCCCGCCGCCGCUCCAGAGUCUGAUCAACGUUCACUUUACCAGCCACGAGCUCGCAGCGCAUGCUCGCACGUCGCCGGCCAUGUUGUACUUCAUCUUUAACCCGAAAGUGAUCGGGGUCUUGAUUGCCCACGACCUGGCCAAGGGUGAAUGGGUGUUCCAGAUCCCUGUAUUCCCGUUGCCGGGGCAACUCCCGCAAGUCGACUUCCCACCGGACCGGUGCAUUGACUUGAUCCGGGCAGCGGCAGGGUCCCCGUCACUGGAUGUGGCGCUGCACUCGAUUGGGGCGUGGAAAAUGACGGCCCAAGUCGCGGCGCAGUACGCCACACCCAACCACCAAGUCUUUCUUGUGGGUGACGCAGCGCACCAGUUCCCCCCCGCCGGCGGCUUUGGCAUGAACACUGGUAUCCAGGACGCCCACAAUCUUGCGUGGAAGCUGGCUCAUGACAUCCGCACCCGACGCAAUGUGUCGUCCACGACCGCAUCCUCGCCUUCAUCUCAAGCCGCGACCAGUGCAUCGCCUUCCCUGACCCAGCGUUCGUGGCUCCCAACGUACGGGUCGGAGCGCAAGGCGGUCGCGACCACGAUGACCAAGCUGAGUCUGCGCAACUUCGAACGAAUGCUGCGUGUUCCAGCGGCACUGCAUGUUUCCUACGACAGCGCCAAAGCGCUUGACACGGUAGCACACUCGCCGUUGUUUCAGUGGUUACCACAAAAACUGCAGUCGUCGGUCGUGUCGUCUGCGUUGUCUGCCGGCACUGCCCACUUGGCGACCCUCGACAGUGCCGUGUCGUCCAUGGGGCACCACCUCAAGCGCCGCGUGCAGGAGAUCGUACUGUCGCGACGGGCGCUCGGGAUGCUGUUCUUCAAGGCCGACAUUGGGUACUCGUACGCCCCGCAGUCGACGGACGGCGACACGUCCGAUGCUGCACUCAACAACGCGCAUCGAUUCCGCGUCCCUGAUGGCAAGCCCAGCGCCACCGCUCCUCUCGAUACAGUGUUUACCCCGCGGCUACAUGUUGGCCAACGGUUGCCUCAUCAAUGGCUGUUGGGCGCGACGAACGAAGGGGCGAAUGUCCAAGUGUCCUCGUUGGACCUCGUGCAGCGAAUUGUGCAAUCAACCAACAACAGCGGCGGCACGGGCGGACCACAAUUUGUGCUCGUGGUGCAGUCUGCUACGAUUGCGCACUUGCCACCGAACAAGCGGCCAUUCAUAGCCACGGUGGUCCUUCACGCCAAGCACGCGUCGGCCGCAGGAACGUCGGCGGCGGCGACGACGCACGACUACUUGUACGUUGACGAGACUGAUCUGACAGCCGCCGCGGCCGUCCUCGUCCGACCGGAUGGUCACGUGGCGUGGAUUUGGAACGACGUUCGAGAGAUGUCUCCAGAAAGUGUCGCGUCUGUUCUAGCCAAGAUCUAGCGAGCUUUCAAUCGAUAGUAGAUGUUCUUCCUGCGCCA